CGUCCCUUCCGUCUGCGUGGAGGCGGAGACAGAGCUGCCAGUCCACCGUCUGUGAUGUAGAGAUCAGGAACCAAAACAAUCUUUAACUAUUUGUAUUUGUGGGGCUCAAACCCAGCUAGUGUUCUGAGUCAACACUAAAAACGACAACGACUCGACACUUUCUCGGUUUAUCAGCAGGAGAACUGCCACAGCGGAGGAAUGUCUUCAGGCUCCGGUAACAGACACACGAACACGGAACCGUGGGGAAGCUUCGAUGAUAACCUCAUCCAGGGCAGCAGCUCGGCUGUUGUCGACAUGGAGAACAUGGAUGACACGUCAGGCUCCAGCUUUGAAGAUAUGGGGGAGAUGCAUCAGAGAAUGAAGGAGGAGGAAGAGGUAGCGGCUGAGGCUGCUGCCACUGAGGAUGACACUCCUGAAGAUGGAGAGUUUCUGGGUAUGAAGGGGUUAAAAGGUCAGCUGGGCCGACAGGUGGCUGAUGAGGUGUGGCAGGCCGGGAAGCGUCAGGCCUCCAGAGCUUUCAACCUGUACGCCAACAUCGACAUCCUCAGGCCGUACUUUGAUGUGGAGCCGGUGCAGGUCCGCAGCAGGCUGAUCGAGUCCAUGAUACCAGUCCGCAUGAUCAACUUCCCCCAGAAGAUUGCAGGUGAGCUGUACGGUCCUCUGAUGCUGGUCUUCACACUGGUUGCUAUCCUGCUGCAUGGCAUGAAGACAUCAGGAACUGUCAUUAGAGAGGGAACCCUGAUGGGAACGGCUAUAGGAACAUGUUUUGGUUACUGGCUUGGCGUGUCCUCCUUCAUCUACUUCCUGGCAUACUUGGUCAACGCUCAGAUCACCAUGCUGCAGAUGCUCUCCUUACUGGGUUAUGGUCUGUUUGGUCACUGCAUCGUUCUGCUCAUCACCUACAACAUCCACUUCCACUUCCUGUUCUACAUCCUCUGGCUACUGAUUGGAGGACUGUCCACUCUGCGCAUGGUUGCUGCUCUGCUCUCUCGAACGGUGGGUCAGACUCCUCGUCUCCUCCUCUGCGGGACUCUGUCCGUCCUCCACAUGCUCUUCCUGCUCUAUCUUCACUUCGCCUACCACAAGAUCGUAGAAGGGCUCCUGGACUCCCUGGAAGGACCCAACAUAAUUCCUAUGCAGCGGGUUGCCAGAGACGUGCCACAGCUGACACUAAACGCCACAAUGAAGACCCUGGGGAGCCUGGUGAAGGCCCACUGAGCCCACUCAGCCCCACGACUACACCCACAACACAGAAACAUCUCUUCCUGUCUGAAGCUUUGUCUUAAUGUCAGUUUUAUUGUUAUUUUCCUUUUUUUUUUUCCUCUAUGAUGUUGGUUUAUGGUUUUUAUUGUUUUCUAUGUUCAGAUGUAUUUAUAGUUUCUAAACAGAGACUCAAAUAAAGUUUGACUAAGAGGCUGAGGCUGAUAGAAAUCAGAAUCAUGGUGGAUUCAGUAUGUUACAGUCACAGAGACCAAAAUAACCCCAAUAGGGUUCUUCUCCACAUGUUUAAGCUCAGUAUGAACAUAUCUGUAAAUGCUCUUCAAUUGUUUUAAUAUAUUAAAGAUAUUGUUUUAAUUCAUGCUUA